UGUACGCUUGACAUGCUGUCCUGCUGUCGUAUUCACGGACAGAAAAGAACUCAACAAAGAUUUCGAGAAAGGCGAGGAAAACUGCUUUGCUUCGAGCGAGCGUGCCUAAGAAUUCCAACGUUGUUUUGCAGCGACGUACUUAUCUUGCCUCUGUACGCUAAAUUUGUUGCUCGUUGUCAUAUGCCGUGCGCGCCGUUGUGUAUCAUUACGCGAGCAAAAUCUCCCCUUUGAAUUGCUGCAGGAGGACCCGAUCUUCAUAAGCUAAAAUGAGUUCGUCUUCUGCUGUCAGAGCAUUUGGUGCAGUUGUUAGGCUUGCGCAUGGAGUUCCCUUCAAACUCCCCAUGCCUUUCUCUCUCCAAAGAGGGACUGCUUCAUUUGGCAGAAUUCUGUCGUCUUCAGCAGUUAUGUCGCGGAACACUUGGCGGGAUUCGUUGUAUGCAGUGAGAUUUGAUGGCGGCAAUGCGAGAAAGAUUUGGACUUUCUCUCCUGUUUGCAUGGGCAGGAGGUCUUGCAAAAUCGCUGGCAGAAAGGACGCCCAAAAUGCCAAAAAAGCAAAACUUUUUUCAAAGAUAGGGAAAGAAGUCGUAUCUGCGGUAAAGAAAGGCGGCCCAAAUCUAACAUCAAAUACAGCUUUGGCUGCUAUACUCGAGAAAGCUAAGGAACUGGAUGUACCAAAAGAAAUUCUAGAACGCAACAUCAAAAGAGCUUCUGUAAAGGGGCAGGAGUCUUACAUAGAGAAAAUAUAUGAGGUGUAUGGUUUUGGAGGAGUCAGUAUUGUAGUUGAGGUGUCCACUGAUAAAGUAAAUCGGUCUGUUGCAGCUGUUAGAGAGGUAGUGAGGGAUUACGGUGGGAAAAUGGCAGAUCCAGGAUCUGUCAUGUUUAAGUUCAGGCGUGCCCGUGUUGUGAAUAUAAAAGUUACUGAUGCUGAUAAAGACGAGCUCCUCACCAUUGCUCUAGAUGCAGGUGCAGAGGAUGUCAUUGAACCUGCAAUAUAUGAAGAUGAUGCAGAUAAAGACACAUUGGAGAGCUAUUAUAAAGUUGUAAGUUCACCUGAGAACUAUUCUGCAAUUCUUUCAAAGCUACGAGAGGAAGGAAUAGCUUUUGAGCCUGAUAAUGGGUCUGAGCUACUUCCCAUCACCACCAUUGAGGUGGAUGAUGAGGCAAUGGACUUGAACAAGGAACUAAUGUCAGGACUGCUUGAUCUAGAUGAUGUUGACGCAGUCUAUACGGACCAGAAAUAAUUGAGUCGCCUCAUCACCAUUUAAAUGACUAGAUGCAUACUGCCAGUAGAUGAUACUGAUACAAGCUGCACCAAGCAUCAAAUUUGUUCCGACUCUGUGUUCAUUUGUUAGUUUACACAGUCUGUGUUUUCUUCAUUUUUCUUAAGGAGAGGGGGAUGAGGGGUUUGCGAGUGUUAUUUUUGAUGGAGUGUGUUAUACCAAAUUUUUACCGAUGGAAGAGGAGCCUUCUGAUAUGCCCUACUCGUUCUUGGGUAAUAAGUUCUAGAUACUCGAAUGCAAUGGCCACGGUAAUCAUUUUCUGCUCAGUGGGCAUUGAUAGUCUCAGUGGCGAUUUUCCUUUCGUUUCUUGUCUGUUUUUAGAGGGAGGUUGCCCCGGGGUGGUUCGGGGUUCCCGAUGAUGGGAAAAGUCAUGAGACAACUCUUUGGAGAGGACCUUCAUAUCAGUAAAGCCCUCGCCUUAGAUGGUAUUUCAGCUGCCAGACUCUGAGGUACCAGUUGAAUUUGACAUUUGUGUUAUGAUAAAGGUAUAAUUGUUUUGUUCGAGUACGUCAGUGCACUAUAUAUUGCCCUCAUUUGUAACAAACUAGUGCUUCAUUGGA